GUUUUUGUUUCAGACCUUGACUCCUCAGGAAAUCAAUCAUAUAUUUCCCAGGACUUGGAUAGUGAUACAUGGAAACAAGGUCCAAAUGCAUCUUGGGAACAGAAGUCACCUCUGCUCCAGACUCCUUUACCAGACAUCCAGGAAGACACUGAGAACCUUGAAACCCAGAGUGACUUCAUAUCUACUGAAGAUGAGGUUGGCUCCUAUCUUCCAAGCCCUUGCGAACCAGCACCCAGAGCUACACUCUCUAACUUCUCAGAAGGGAUGGAAAUGGACUCUGUAGAACAACCAAACUAUAACUGGUAUAAUCAUGCCCUGGAAACCCCAGCAACUAGUGUUGGUAAUGCCCGGCGGAAAAGCAAAAUCUGGGGAUCGAGUCUCAAGCAGAUGACACAAGACUCGCCAAUGCAGAGGCAAGAGAAAGCAAGGAAUUAUGUGUCAGCGCCAGGCAAUCAACCUCGUGUCGGCCCACUGCCACCUUCUUCAUAUGCUGCUGUGGUGUCUGCCAAAAGCACUGAGCAGCCUGGUGGUCAGAAGAGAGUAAAUCUCAUUUCAAGUGCCCAUCUGGAAGAGAGAAGGAGGAAGUCAUAUCCUGAUGUCACAGCUCCUCAAAGUGGCUGGGGAUCUGGACGUCCUCUUGUAGAAUUUGUAAGUCCUCAGAAUAAUAAUGGGAUUACCAAAGAAAAGCCACAAAAGAGUCCUUUCUGGCAAGGAACCCCAAGUCCUGUUACCACAGAUACCAGUAACAAGCUAAGGAACUGGUCUGCAGGAUCUCAAGGAUGGGGCACAUACAACCUCACACCAGUUCCCCGCCCAGUCUCAGCACCCCCUACCCGCCCAGCCUCAGCAUCCCCUAGACAGAAGACAUUCGCAGAGAUCCUUCAGCGACCAAGACGACUCAGCCUAGAAGAUGAAGUGCGAGGAGAGGCAUUACCAAAAAUAAGCUCAUGGCGCUCAUCCAAAGAGGUGGAAGAUUCUUUAGAGAUCCAAUACCCUACAAGUGAUAUAGACUAUCUGGACACUCAUGCCCACAUUGACUUGCUCUUUCAACGGCACAUGUUCAAGGGCACAUUUGCAAAGUUCUGCUUAGUCAACAAGUUUCCAACUAAUUUUGCAGGAUGUGUGGCCAUCUUCUGUUACCCUGUCAACUUUUCAAUCCACUACUCUCUUGCUGAUAACUUGCUGAAGGAAAGCAACAUCUGGGGAUCGUUUGGUUGCCAUCCACACCAGGUGAAGCACUAUGAUGGCAUCAUGGAACAGAAGAUCAAGGACUGGAUGAAUCAUCCAAAGACUGUUGCACUCGGAGAGAUUGGAUUAGAUUACUCUGACAGGCCACUGGAGACCACAUCGGACCACGAGCUUCAGAAGAUGAUCUUCCGACGUCAGCUGCAGAUUGCUUUGGACACCAAGAAGCCCCUAGUAAUUCACUGCAGGGACGCGGAGGCAGACACCCUCAGCAUCAUGUCCGAGAUGGUACCCAGGAACCACAAGAUACAUCGCCACUGCUUCACCGGACCUCCCCAAGAUGCCAUCGCAUUUCUGAGGGCUUUCCCGAACUCCUUCAUUGGUUUGACUGCCCUAGUGACCUUCCCGACAGCUACCAACACACACCAAACAGCUCGAGCUAUCCCUCUCAGCAGGCUCCUACUAGAAACGGACACACCUUACUUUGUUCCUAGAAAGGUUAAAGGACGUAGGUGGUCUCAUCCUGGCAUGGCUCUCCUGGUUGCAGAGCGGAUUGCUCAGCUACGAGGAACAACCCUCGACGAUGUCCUUUCCAAUGUGAGAUCCAAUACAAUGACAAUGUAUGGCAUUUAGCUCAAUCAUUGACUUCAGCUAGUCCUUUCCUUGUGCUAGGAGCCACCCUCAGUCGACGUCCUUUCCUAUGUGAGAUCCAAUACAUUGUCGAUGUACAGGACCUAAGUAUCAACUUUUGCUAGUCCAUUCUCUUUCUAAAAGUAAGAUAACAUGUGGUCACUUGCUAUUAGCUUAUGAUAUUGCUUCAUUGAUUAGUUAGUUAUAUGUCCUUGAAGAUGAAAUAGUUUUUUUUUGUAGAAAAUUCAACCAACAGAUGUAAAGAAAAUAGCUUUAGUUGAUCAGGUACAUGUAUUAGAGAAAUUUUGUGCUAGUAUCUUAGUCUUAGAACUUUUUCUGAUAUGAUGAUAUUAACUACAUGGAGUUUUUCACUUGCUUGUUUUCUCGCCAAAUUGAAAUUCAGUUGUUCAGAAUGGGAUGGGGGGGGGGGGGAGGGGG